AUGGCAAACCUGUUCCAGAUGGAUACGAAAAUUCAACUCGCUGGAGCUUUCAAAGAAUUAUUUAAGACUGAACCUGAAUAUCUUGUUCGUUGCCCAGGACGAGUGAACUUGAUCGGAGAACAUAUCGAUUAUAGUGGUUAUGGUGUUCUUCCAAUGGCUAUCGAUCUUUCAACCUAUUUGCUAGUGUCACAUCGUGAUUCCGAACAUAUUGAAUUUCAUAAUGUUGAUAAAUCCUAUCAAUCACAUCGAUUUGCAUUUACUGAUCAAUGGAUUGGUAACAAAAAAAUUGAAUGGUACCACUAUUUGCUGAGUGGAUGGAAGGGAGUCAUCGACCAAUUGCAAAUAUCGCCUAAGGGCAUGAAUAUUUUAGUUUCAGGUUUGAUACCACCGAGUGCUGGUCUUUCCAGCUCGAGCUCGAUUGUUUGCGCCGCAGCUCUGGCAACUAUAGCUAUUAAUACUGGCAAAACUUUUGAACUUAUCAGUAAAAAUGAAUUGGCCGACUUAACAGCAAAAGCAGAACAAUUCGUUGGUGUUGAAGGUGGAGGAAUGGAUCAAGCAAUUGAAAUUUUGGCAGACAAGGGAAAUGCGCUGCUAAUUGAAUUCAAUCCUCUUCGUUCAGAGAAAAUUUAUCUACCGGAAAAUGCUCACUUUGCCGUCCUUCAUUCCGGUAGAAUGCUUAGUAAAGCCGCAUCUUCGCAAUACAAUGAAAGAGUCGUCGAAUGUCGUAUUUCUGCACAGAUAAUUGCGAAAAAGAAAGGAAUUUCCGAUUGGAAAUCUAUUCGAACUUUGGGAAUUUUAGCUAAAAAACUAGAACGAUGUGCAGAUGAAAUGUUGAAGAUUGUUGAGGAUAUUUUUAUAUCGCCAGUUUAUUCGAGAGAAUUAAUUUUAAAUGCACUCGAAAUCUCUGAUAAUGAAUUUCGCUUAUCACUUUUAUCAAAUAAUACACAAGAAAUGCAGGAAUUCAAAUUGUUGCAACGUGCACGGCAUGUUUAUUCGGAAGCUUCAAGAGUUUUAAAGUUUCGCGAUGCUUGUAUAAACAGCGAUUUAAAAACAAUGGGCUUAUUGAUGAAUGGUAGUCACCAAAGUUGUGUGAUUGAUUUUGAAUGCUCUUGUAAAGAACUUGAUGAAACGGUUGUUAAAAGGUGUCUAAAAUAUGGUGCAUUAGGUGCACGUCUAACGGGUGCAGGUUGGGGCGGAUGUGUGGUUGCACUAUUCGAACAGAAAAUUCCUGAACUGGAUGUUCUUUUCUGGAGUCAACCAGCACAAGGCAUACAGAUUCAGUCAUUCAAUCAGGCUAGCCGGGGAUAA